AUGAAGCGCCAAUCUACACCCUGUUUGCUCAGUGACGCUUUUAAUAUCUGCGAUGGAAACAGUGCGGUUACCUCUUCAGCAGCUAACAGGUACGUAUAAACAUUAUCAGAUAUCGUUUGUUGGGGGACAGACCUUCGGGAAGCAAAUCCUCGAUACACGAGAACGAAGGCUUGUACCGAAAAAUCUGUAACGACUACAAGGUAGACUACUCUUGUUGUAGCACGUGUCAAGAAGCAGAUGUAAUCUCUCUUUUCGGCUACAGCUUCGCGGAUGUAUAAAGCUCUUGUAAAGUCUACGUCAGAGACUGUAAAUGGUUCUGCUUGAGUGAGUCUUUUCUUUGGAAGAAGAGAUGGGUCAGGAUGUUGCUUUCUUGACAUGUUAGCGUCCAGCAGGAAUCCAAUAUCUCAGACGUACGAGAUUCAGUGUGAAAAUUCGCACAUGCAUAUAAUUGAUUAACAUGCGUGACACUGAUGUCUGAGGAAUAAGAACUUGGUAGAUUUGGAAACUAGCGCAUUGUGAACCCUCUUGCCGAUACGCAUAACAUUAGUAUUAUCUAAAAAGAGGAGUAGCUGUCGAACUAGUGGUUUUUGGCGUAGAUUUGGAGAGCAUACUGGAGAUCUCCUUGUGGUAACUCACUUGCUGACGAUUCUUGAUCCAUUCUCUCUGGGCAUGAGCCAGUUCUUGAAUGUGUUGUCAGAGCUCCUUUGUUCUUGUUCUGCUUUCUGGUAUUGAGCACAAACCGCAGGACGAAGGGUUUGACGUAGGUGAGCCUGGAAAUGGUGCUGAUAGGUCUGUUGGUUAUCUAUGGUCAAUGGUUGGAGAUAACCUUGGAGCGGUAAACUUGGAAGGGGCUGUUAGGGUCACUGAGGUAACUCAAUCAGAAGAAGCGUGUAGCAUCCCUAUCUUGUUCACCAAGACUGAUGUCUACGAAAGCCUUCUCAGUAUCAUGCAGUUGCAAAACCAAACGUACAGCGGGGGAAUCGGGGUAGGAUAG